AUGCAGAUUUUCGUCAAGACCCUCACCGGCAAGACCAUCACCUUGGAGGUCGAGUCAUCCGACACCAUCGACAACGUCAAGUCCAAGAUUCAGGACAAGGAGGGCAUUCCUCCCGACCAGCAGCGUUUGAUCUUUGCUGGCAAACAGCUCGAGGAUGGCCGCACCCUUUCCGACUACAACAUCCAGAAGGAGUCGACCCUCCACCUCGUUCUCCGUCUUCGUGGAGGCAUGCAAAUCUUCGUCAAGACCCUCACCGGCAAAACCAUCACCCUCGAGGUGGAGUCGUCUGACACGAUCGACAACGUGAAGUCGAAGAUCCAGGACAAGGAGGGCAUCCCCCCGGACCAGCAGCGCCUGAUCUUUGCGGGCAAGCAGCUGGAAGAUGGCCGGACUCUGUCCGACUACAAUAUCCAGAAGGAAUCGACGCUGCAUCUCGUCCUGCGUCUGCGAGGUGGCAUGCAGAUUUUCGUCAAGACCCUGACAGGCAAGACGAUCACGCUGGAAGUGGAAUCCUCUGACACCAUCGACAACGUCAAAUCUAAGAUCCAAGACAAGGAGGGUAUUCCUCCGGAUCAACAGCGACUCAUUUUUGCCGGCAAGCAGCUCGAGGACGGCCGGACUUUGAGCGACUACAACAUUCAGAAAGAAUCAACCCUGCACUUGGUCCUGCGCCUGCGUGGUGGAAUGCAGAUUUUUGUCAAAACCCUGACAGGCAAGACAAUCACGUUGGAAGUGGAAUCGAGUGAUACGAUCGACAACGUCAAGUCCAAAAUCCAGGACAAGGAGGGCAUUCCGCCUGAUCAGCAACGCCUCAUUUUUGCAGGCAAGCAGCUGGAGGACGGUCGCACGUUGAGCGACUACAACAUUCAGAAGGAAAGCACCCUGCAUCUGGUGCUGCGUCUGCGUGGCGGCCAAUAG